AUGAUUUCAGAUAAGGACGCUGUCAAAGAAAAAUCUGGUGAUGCUGUCCUUAGUAUUGUUAAUUUCGUACAAAAGUUACGCUGUGGUAGGAUAUUAUUGGAAAAACUAAUAUUGGGUAAAUUUCAUAGUGUCGAAACUUUAUCUCAUCCAUUUCCAGGAAAAGUAAAAUUGGAACUACGAAGAAGAGUUUUAAAUCCUGAUAAAUUCAAAGCGUUUCAAGAGGAAUUGAACAAUGCUUUGGAGAAUGAUAACGAGAAAUUACCUAUGUACUAUUUACCUUACUUAAAUGGUGUUAUUAAUGAAACUAAUAGGUUAUGGCCUGUUGUAAUGGAGAUUCUUUGUUUUAAACUUUUACGAAGAUAUACAAUUCCUGCUAAUUAUUUAAAUACCAUCACGAUCCAACCUAUUGGUAGUAACAAUGUACCGGUCAAUCAAAAAGAAUACAUCGUUUUCUCACCUCAUCUCUAUGUUGUAUAUUGCUUUCAGAACCUGAACAAAGUUUUGACGAAAUUAAAUUGGUUAACCAAUUUGUCAGAUCUCGAAGGAAUCAAAAAGUGGUCGCCUAAGCAACUUGUUGAUUUCUUAGAGUCUGAACAUAAAUUAGAUCUUACGAAUAUUACUGGCGACGUCUUUCUUCUCUUGAUAGAAGAUGAUCUCUAUCGAAUGGGAUUUCCUUUGGUACAUUCAUUAGCACAAUUGGCUUCUAACCAAAUUCAGAACGGACGUAAAUUAGGCGGUGCUCGACCACCUCCUAACGAUUCAUUGUGGUCUCGCAUUAAGGAUCAAGGAUUUGAGGACCUGGCCGCACUGAGAUCUCUUGAGGUUAUUGAUGCCAACAUAUGGUUUAAUGCUUUAAAGUUGUUCGGUUGGUGGGAAUCGGAGAGUAAGGUCUUGCGAUUUUACUUUAAUAAUUCGGAAACUUAG